CCUCUGCCUUCCGGGCCGGGACAGCCGCCUCCCGCGGGAGGCACAAAGCCGGAGCCGCCGCUGCCCGGGCGGCCGCCAGCAGGAAUCCCUUGAAGCUCACCCCGGGAAUGGACAGCUAUCUCCAUUUCUGGAGGAGAGUGGUACCAAUUGAAGAAGCCUUUGAGGCAAGUCGACAAGUGUGCUGAUAACUCUCAGAAGAGUACAAGGAAGGGGUGACCUUCCAAGCCAACAGCCAUGCCUUUCGGGCUGAAACUGCGACGGACCAGACGCUACAAUGUCUUGAGCAAGAACUGCUUUGUGACAAGGAUCCGUCUGCUGGACAGCAAUGUGAUCGAGUGCACCCUCUCCGUGGAGAGCACUGGGCAGGAGUGCUUGGAAGCUGUUGCUCAGAGGCUGGAAUUACGUGAGACUCACUACUUCGGCCUUUGGUUUCUCAGCAAGAACCAGCAAGAUCGCUGGGUUGAACUGGAAAAGCCUCUGAAGAAGCAGCUGGACAAAUUUGCCAAUGAGCCCUUGCUUUUCUUUGGGGUAAUGUUCUAUGUGCCCAGUGUUUCCCGGCUGCAGCAGGAGGUAACAAGAUACCAGUAUUACCUGCAAGUGAAAAAGGAUGUUCUUGAUGGCCGAUUAAUUUCUUCAUUUGAGCAGGGAAUUCGACUGGCUGGCUUGGCAGUGCAAGCGGAUUUUGGAGACUAUAAUCAGUUUGAAUCUCAUGACUUCCUCCGAGAAUAUGUGUUGUUUCCUAUGGAUUGGAACCAGGAUGAAGCUGUCCUGGAAGAGCUGACUCAAAAGGUUGCUCAGGAGCACCGGACUCACAGUGGCAUUACAGCAGCAGAGGCUGAGUUAAUGUACAUCAAUGAAGUGGAACGUCUGGAUGGGUUUGGACAGGAAAUUUUCCCUGUGAAGGAUAAUCAUGGAAAUGACAUACACCUUGGUAUUUUCUUCAUGGGAAUCUUCAUAAAAAACAGAACUGGCAGGACAACUGUGAUUUAUAGGUGGAAUGACAUUGGGAAUAUAUCACAUAACAAGUCUUCGAUUGUUCUAGAGUUGAUCAACAAAGAAGAGAAUGUGCUCUUUCACACAGACGAUCUUGAAAAUGCCAAAUAUAUUUCACGCCUGUUUGCAUCAAGACACAAGUUUUACAAACAAAACAAAAUCUGCACAGAACAAUCAAGUUCUCCUCCUCCUAUCCGACGGCGGCCCACCUGGAGUAGGUCAUCUUUGCCAAGACAACAUCCUUUUAUACUGCCUCCUAUGCAUGUCCAGUGUGGAGAACACUACACUGAAACACAUAAUUCACAAGAUAGCAUUUUUCAUGGAAAUGAAGAAACCUUCUACUGUAGGUCUCAGACCAGUUUGGAUAGGUGUCCAAUGGACUUCAGCUACUUGAAUGGUAAUGGACCCAAUGGGAGCGUAUGCAGUGCCCACAGCAUGAACUCCCUCAAUCGCUCACAGAACUUCAUCCAGGCAUCUCCAAUGUCCUCAAAUCUGAGCAUCCCUGGAAGUGACAUCAUGAGAGCAGACUAUAUCCCCAGCCACAGACAUAGUGCAAUCAUAGUACCAUCUUACCGACCAACUCCAGACUAUGAAACCGUCAUGAGGCAAAUGAAGAGGGGGGUAAUCCAGAUGGAUAGCCAAAGUCAGUCUUUGCGGAAUCUCAAUAUUGGAAACACACAUGCUUAUAACCAGCCAGAAGACCUAGUUUACAGUCAGCCUGAGAUUCGAGAGAGACAUCCUUACACAAUUACAUAUGGGCCCCAGGGUGGUGGCUAUAACAAGCCUGUUGCCCCGUCUGAACAAAUGAACCCUAAUAAUGCUGCUCAAAAUAAAGCAGCAGCCAGCGCCAUAUCCCACACUGUCAGCACCCCAGAACUGGCCAACAUGCAGCUGCAGAGCAGCCAGAGUUACAACACUGCUCACAUGUUAAAGAACUAUCUCUUCAGACCCCCACCUCCAUACCCACGCCCACGUCCUGCCACGAGCACACCGGACCUGGCAAGCCACCGGCACAAGUAUGUCAGCGGGAGCAGCCCUGACCUGGUCACUCGUAAAGUCCAGCUCUCAGUAAAAACCUUCCAAGAGGACAGCUCGCCGGUUGUCCGCCAGUCGCUGCAGGAGGUCAGCGAGCCCCUCAUGGCGGUGAAGCACCAUGCAGCGGUGAACAAGCGCCACAGUUUGGAGGUCAUCAGCAACAUGGUGCGUGGUAUAGAAGCCAUGGCACUAAAAACUUUAAACGCCCCUCUGCCACGCAGGAACACUUUGCGGGAGCAGGUGCAGCCGGAAGAAUCAGUUCAGAUGGGGCACGAAGUUCAGCAAGUUCCUCAUUAUCAUCACAAAAAGACAUUUUCUGAUGCCACAAUGCUGAUACACAGCAGUGAAAGUGAAGACGAAGAAGAAACCCAAGAAUCUGUGUCACAGAUAACAGCCCUCCAUGAGAACAUGGAGUACAGUGCCCAGCUGCAAGCUGCCUUGGCUAGAAUACCAAAUAAACCUCCUCCGGAGUAUCCUGGGCCUCGUAAAAGUGUCAGCAAUGGAGCCCUGAGGCAGGACCACGUUAGCAUUUCUGUGGCUGUAGCCAAGGCCAAGGCCAUGAGGCCGGGGCCUUCCAAAGCCAUCAGUGUGUCUCGAACUGAUCAAGUGGCAAUAAAUGGGUCGUCACUUGGGCCCUCUAUCUCAGAGCCGGACCUCACCAGUGUGAAGGAGCGGGUCAAGAAAGAACCAGUCAAGGAAAGGCCUGUGUCUGAAAUGUUUUCUAUUGAGGACAGCAUUAUAGAAAGAGAAAUCAUGAUGAGGAAUCUAGAAAAGCAGAAGAUGGCAGGCCUGGAGGCCCAGAAGAGGCCCUUGAUGUUGGCAGCACUGAACGGACUCUCAGUUGCUAGGGUUCCAGUGCCGGAGGACAGCCAGGAUGAAGUCGCCAAGGUGCCAAUGGAUGAGAGGUGCAAAAUCUUGAGAAGGAAGUUGGAAGAGGGCAUGGUGUUUACAGAAUACGAGCAGAUUCCAAAGAAAAAGGCAGAUGGGAUCUUCACCACUGCUGCCUUGCCUGAAAACACUGAGCGCAAUCGCAUCAGGGAGGUCAUUCCUUACGAGGAAAACCGAGUAGAGCUGGUGCCGACCAAAGAAAAUAAUACAGGCUACAUCAAUGCUUCACACAUAAAGGUUACUGUAGGUGGAGAGGAAUGGCACUACAUUGCUACCCAAGGACCUCUGCCACACACAUGCCAUGACUUCUGGCAGAUGGUGUGGGAACAGGGAGUGAAUGUUAUAGCCAUGGUCACAGCUGAAGAGGAGGGAGGAAGAAGUAAGAGCCAUCGUUAUUGGCCUAAACUGGGCUCUAAGCACAGCUCAGCCACUUAUGGGAAGUUCAAGGUGACAACAAAGUUCCGCACAGACUCUGGCUGCUUUGCAACUACUGGUCUGAAGGUCAAGCAUCUUCUCUCUGGACAAGAGAGGACAGUGUGGCAUUUGCAGUAUACUGACUGGCCAGACCAUGGGUGUCCAGAAGAAGUCCAAGGCUUUUUAUCUUACUUGGAGGAGAUACAGUCGGUGCGUCGCCACACCAACAGCGUGCUGGACAGCAGCAACACCUGCAACCCUCCCAUUGUGGUUCACUGCAGCGCAGGGGUAGGAAGGACUGGAGUAGUUAUCCUGACAGAACUGAUGAUUGGGUGCUUGGAGCAUAAUGAAAAAAUGGACGUUCCUGUGAUGCUGAGACACCUGCGGGAGCAGAGAGUGUUUAUGAUCCAGACCAUAGCCCAAUACAAAUUUGUUUAUCAAGUGCUCAUACAAUUCCUGCAAAACUCUAGACUUAUUUAAUCUUUUCAAACAUCCCAGACCCAGCUUUGUGGAUCUGACUGAACCUUACUGAUGUGCAAGGAGAACUGCCUUGACAACACUGUGUGCAUAUAUUGCACUUUUUAAAGUUGUCUCGAAAGUAAGGAAUGAUUGUUCUUUACUAGUCUCCCAUGGAUUAUUUUAUACAAGAUAUAAUUUAUUUUUCUUGGAAUAACUUUUGAAUUACUUUAAUAACUCAUAAAUCUUAUAAUGACCUUCAAAGUGAACCACAUUUGACAUGACUGGUCUGCAUUGUAACGUGCCCAUAAAGGAGAGCAAUCCUUUGUAAAGGUAGUUUACUAGCUUUUAUUUUGCUACACAGCUUCUGAAAUGAACAGUUAUUUGGCAGUGGGCUUUUUCUCGCGUGAGGACGUUCUGGACGGAGGUACGUGGCUUCCGUGGUAAAAACAAGACCUGCUGGAUGUCAGCUACAGCUCUGUGUGAGUGGAAGCUGAGGGUACACAGCACUGAGACCUGAACUUCUGCACGUGCAGCCGGACACAUUACAGAGGGCUCAAACACAGGACAUUGUGAGGACAGAGAAUUUUGGGUGCUAAACUGUUCAAAUUCCACAAGAAUUACAGUUUUAGAUUAGUCCUUGAAAAAAUCAAUAUUGGAUCUUUUAAACGAGGCCUUUGCUGCUGUGUGCAGCCCUUGAAGGGAUUCAUAAGAAGCAGUGUAGGAUGAAGUGCAGUGACCCACAACAGGCUGAAGUCAGUGAGUGAGUUUAUUCAGUAAUUGUGGUGGACGGAGAGUUGAACAGCAUAGAAUUUUCAACCAAAUGCAUCUGAAAAAUAUCAAAUCAAGCACCUUCUCAUGGAUUACACUGAAAGUAUUACUGCCUUGAGGCUCACCUCCUGUAGAAAAGGAAUCUCAUUUAAAUUAGGCAUCUCUGGUUGCCUUAGUUUUCAUGUGUGAACUAUCAUCUGAUGGCUAGAGAAAGGAUCAGGCUGGAGAGGAGCCUGGGAUGUCUCUGGUCCCAGCCCUGUUCACCUUACAGCUAACUUUAAACUUGGAUAGGCUUGCCCAGGGUCACAUCCAGUUUCAAAAUUCUCAAGGGUGAAGAUUUCAUAGCCUCUCAGGGCACGUGAUGCAAUGCAGUUACUCUGUCAUGGUGAAAUUACCUUUCCUGGUAUCCCUUUCCCAGAUACUUUUAAAUAUUUUAGUCCUAUUGUUGCUUUUCUGUUGCAUCCCCACCUCCAAACCCUGGUCAAUGUACAAGAUCUAAGCCUGCAAGCACUCCUAAUUUCAGCACUAAAGGGACUAAAAUCAGUGGGAGCUUAAGCUCAGGUUCUGUACUAGAAUGUUUCUUAAAUUGCUUAAAACUGCACUGUGUUGGUUUGGAUCUCUACAAUACAAGCCUAACAAGGUGACAAAGAUUCCAGUGAAGAUUUCUAGCUUCCAAUAAAUGGAGAUGAGUUAUUUUUCUGUAAUACCUUGACCAUGUUCUUUUUAGGGAUCAGCUGAGUUUUUAGUCAACUUCAGUUUUCCUCUAAUUUCUUCUGCCACUGCCAACAUAUCUCGUUAAAUUAGCAGCAACCAUUUAAAGUCUUUUCAGCAGCAUCUGCAUGAUAAUUGCACAGAGAUGCUUUAUAUCUGGGAAAAAAGCCAAGGAAUAAACCUUGAAGCAAAGUGUAUUAAAUUAGUUAUCUCGUUAUAACUUUUUGAAUAAUUUCCUAAUGAUGAAUUAAGUUUGAGCUCAGAGCUGUCAAGUCCCAUUGCUCCACUUGGAUAUGAGAAGUAGAAAAUCAGGAGGGAAAAGAAUCUGUUCCUAUGUCCUAUUAUUCAGCUGCUCUUGGCUGAAAUGUGUACUUCUGCUUCUACAGGGAGCACAGGAAAGUUACUGCAUAAGAGAGUAUGAAGAGCUGUGUUUGAAGGGAAGAAAAUUAAGUAAAUGUUUUUAAUGCAAAGAUGCAUCAUAGUUGUCUUAGAAAAACAUUAAUUAGAAAAAGGCAUCAAAAAUCCUUUCCAAAUUAAUUCAGUGCCUAUUAAUGAGCCAAAUAAAUGGCCAUGUAGCAAACAGUCAUUUCUAAUUAAUUAGUAAUGUGGCUGGUACGGUAGAUAGAAGUCAAUGUGACUCACUUUUUCCCUUUCAUUGUCAAAGAAUGGUAAUUUUAAACUUUUCCUUUCAUCUGACUUCAAUGUAUUUUUCCCUGCUAGAUUUUAUCUUGACUAGAUCUGCUAAUAUCAUAAGUGAAUUGGGCUGGUGCAUGUCUUCAGAGGUUCCUUUCCACCCCAGCUUGCAACUGACCCUCAGCAUGCCGAUGUUUUAUGGUUGAAAUGUGACACAGUUCUGUAAGGGAAAAAGUGAACCUUCUGACUUUGAACCUGCUGUAGUUUUAUCAGGCCAAAAUUGCUUGGGCAGUAUUUCCUAACCUUUAGGGAGUGACAGGAAAAUGCAUUUUGCAUCCAAUUUUGUUAGUCACAGCAGGAACGAACACAUGAGACUUAAAGCAACAGUGCUGUUUAGUUUCUGUCCCGCAGACUUUUAACAGCACAGUCCUUAAGGAGAAAAGGACAGUUUGGAGUUGCUGUAUGUUGUGUUGCAUGUUUUUUUAACAUCAAAGCAUGACACUGGUUUGAAACCAGUUUCAUCCAUGGAGUAAAGUCUGGACUGAAAAAUCUCACAAAGAUGCUUCAAUGAAUGGAACUGCACCUAACAAGUUUACCAUAAGCUGUCUUCUCCCAGGGCACCCACAUUGCAGUGUGGCAUGUUUAGCCUAUGUUCCCUCAUUCUUUCUGAGACAGAACUUGCAGUGAAUGAGUAAGUCUGGCUUGGGAAUCCAUUGUGUCUGUUUUCCUUUUUUAUGCACUCUUCACGUGUAUUUAACACGCUUUGCUUUUUUUCUUUAAAUUGUUACCAAUGAUAGUAUUGAGGUGCUGGCAUCAAUUUUUUGGUUAAGGUCCAACAUUUCAUGGCUACCAUUGUUCAAUCAGGGAUGGGAGAGAUGACAGCUGAGUUUGGACACUGCUCGGUGCUGUGGGU